CCCCCGUACCCCUUUUCCCCCGUCCUCCCAUUCACUUGUCCCCUUCCCUUCCGUUCUCGCUCCAACAACUGCGAGAGCCAGGGAGAGGACACGUGGCCUGUCGAGAUGGAAAGACCCCAAAUCUCUCUUCCAUUGGCGCUGCUAGCUGUCCUCCUCCUCGCCUCCACCACCACCACGGCCGAGUCUCGCCUCCUCCACCGCAUCCAACACCGCGGCCGCUUCCCCGUCCCCGCCGUAUCCAGCGUCUGCAGGCGCGCGGAAUUUCCCCGGCUCUGCCAGUCCUUCGUCCCGGAUGUGCGCACCGUGACCGCCGAAUCCAUGAUCGAGGCCACGGUCUGGGCGGCUGUGUCCGGCGCUAAGGCUGCCAAGGCUCUGGCCGAUGCGCUCAUGGAUUCGCCGACCACCGGCAGCGAGGUGAAGGGCGGCAUCGACGUGUGCCGGCAGAACUUUGAUAUGCUGGUCCUUGAUCUCCAGAAGGGGUUGGAGAACAUCAAGGGGGCCGGAAGCCACGACGAGCUCAUGAGCAACCUCUCGGCGGCGCUCUCCGACAUCGACUCGUGCGACGAGAGCUUUAACGAGGCCCCUGGGUUGAAGUCGCCGGUCUCUCAUCUCACUUCCAAUCUCAGGAAGCUGGCAUUGAACAGCCUUUCCUUGGCUGAUCACUUGAACUGAUUAUUAUAAAUAUAAUUAGUGAGGAGAAGAUGGGAGGAGGAGGAAGAGGAAGAGGAGGAAGAGGAAGAAGAAGAAGGUGGUGCCGAAAACUUUGAAAUAAAUCGAUGUAAAGGCCUCAGGAAUUUUGAGCUUGGAUUCCUUUUGGUAUUGUUUAUGGUAACCACCGAUAGAUACACUUCUCUUCCUAACGGCUUUUCUACAUGAGAAUAAUUGUUUCUAUUUUCUAAUGGCUGGCUUGUUCGCUAGAUGUAUUGGCUCUCUCUCUUGGUCCUCUACAUAUUAAUGUCUGAUGUGUCUAAGCCUAAAUUGAUUCUUUCUUGCGAGUGGUCUGAAGAGCUGCUGUUUUGGUAAUAUGAGAGGCCUCGAGCGUUGCUGAAUCUAGGCUAUACUAUACUGAAAGUGGACGGACGACUCCUUAUUUU